AUGGCUACUGUCGAGGACAAGAAAGCAUUGCAGCGACUUCGCGCCCUCGCGGAAAGACUGAAUUUGCUCGGCCGUGGGGUCGUUCUUUCUUCUGCGAACAAGGCCACAUUGUCUCCGGCCGAGCUGGUGACUGCCUUCGUGGAUGCUUCUGCGCAGUCCCCCUCCACGGCAGCAUCUCCAACGGGCAGGCCGCCAGGGUAUUCGAGGAAGGACUCAACCCAAAGUGUACUGAGCAAGCCAAGCAUGCUCCGCAAUCGGACAAACUCGCGAGUCAGGUUUGAUGGGACAGAAUCUCCAAGGCACCAGUCAAAGCAGGCGUCUCCCCGCAGCCCCGGUCGGGAACUUCGAACAGGUUUCAAUCGAUCCCAGUCGGACUUCAGCUGCACGUCUUUCACGGACUUCAAUCGAAAGCAGGCCAGUCAAAGGGACACGGACACAGCGGCCCCCGCUUUCCUGGAAUUUCUCAUCGCCGUCCUCAAGGGUGACCAGGAGCAGCGCGUCGGAGUGGUUUCGCCUCCCUCGCCUCCUAUGAUGGCGGUCCCAAAUACUGUCAGUGGUGGCGAUGUUGUUCUGGAUCUCAAGCUAGACAACGAUUUCGGAAGGUCGGUCUCUGCACAUCCCGAAGAUGACAACGCGUCGGCCCUGACGUAUCAUUCGUAUUGCGACGCGAUGGUCGCGGGCGCCGGCGCAGAGGAAAAAGAAGUGAUCAGCGCCGAAGUCUUGAAGCUGGGAGGGACGGAGGGCAAGCAGACAAUGCGGAUCGCUUUCAAAUCCAAGUGCCUGCGUACCCAAAACGAGUGGCAAAAGCAGCUUCUCGCCCAACAGCGCGCUUUGCUGGACGUUGUCACGGGCAGGCUCAAGGAGGCGGAGAGAACAUUGAAAGAAGAUGAAGAGGUAAAGGAGGAGGAAAGGGAACUCCUGCGUGGCUUUCGAAAGAUUGUACGUCGUGAACGAGGUUCGGAGGAUACACAGCUGCCGGCUGAGAUCUUUGUGGUCGAAAAGCGGCAGAAGCUGCGAGACGAAGCAGAAGAGCUGUGUAGAAUCUUGUCGUAUCCGUGCCAUGCGUUCAACAGCUUCUCUCGUGCAACGGAGGCUCUUACAGAGGCCUCGCAAGAGACCAUACACCGCGUGGUGUCGUUGGUUUCUCGCGGCUCUGUUCACAGCAUGGUGUCAACCCGUGGGGCUGAUUUGCUGGAAGGUCGUCCCGGGGACAAGCUGCCCGACUGGCGUUGCAGAGCAUUGUGCACAACUGGCAGGGGUGCUGGUAACGUCAUGAUUGAAAGGCCGACUCAGAUUGUCUUUUUGGGGAUGGCCUGGCUCAUGCGAGGCCUUCCAGAAGAAUGGCAGCAACAGGGCGUUUACGUGGUGUUGAUCACCGAGGCAGAUGAAUUUGAGGAGGUAGGUCGUCAGCUGCUGGCAUCAGGGGAAGGUGAAAUUCGCGAGAAGCUCCGUGCCAAAGGCAUUUGCGAUUACUUGAUCCAUCCGCUUUCGCUUGAUAGCCUGUCCAAAGUCGUGUCAGAAGCUGGCCAGCGGAGACUGGAGGAGUACCUGCUGCUGGACAUUUUGGGCAGGGGUGCCACUGCCUGUGUCCACAAGGCUAAGCGAUUGCGUGACAACGAGACUAUUGCCUUGAAGGAAAUUAACAUGCGCCGACUCAAGAAUGCCAACGAGGAGAUUGAGCGCGAACUGAGGCUGCUUCGGGAGCUCAGCUGGCCAACUGUUGUCUUCACUUUGGACACAUGGGAAAACCACACUGAGAAGCUGCGGUAUGUGGUGAUGCCAUUGCUGGAUGGGGGAAGCCUGUUGCAAAGAAUUGAGGCUGCAAGAGGAGCUGAGUCAGAAGAAGUACAGCAUUCGGUCGAACUAGUCGCAGACUGGUAUGUACAAACCCUCCAUGGACUUGCAUACCUUCACUGGAGAGGGGUCAUUCACCGCGAUAUCAAGCCGGGAAACCUCCUCAUCGCAACCAACAACCGGCUAUUGCAGAUUGGCGAUCUGGGCAGUGCCAUGCUGCUUCCUGGGACAGGGCCAUUUCCCAAUCCUCAUGCCAAAGUGGUUGCGCCUGUUACAAGUCCAUCGUACGCCAGUCCUGAAGCGCUUUUGCAGGAGACAUACUUUGCAGCAUCUGACCUUUGGUGUGUUGGAGUCUCCUUCUUUGAGGCUUUAACGCUUCACCCGCUCUUUCCCGAUGUGCAAAGCAUGGCUGAAGCCCAGGAGCAUGUGCGUGCUUUCGAUCCUUCCAUGGCCGGCCCAACUAAUGGUGCUACCAAUUACGCGGUGGCCGCGCUGUCUACGCUCAACCAGCUUCGUUGUUCUUCUUCAUCAAGCCCAGCAGCCGUAGAGCUUGCCGGUGAGUUGCCCGAACUCGUGCGCCCUGAUCUGAUGCAACGGCCAACUGCGUCGGGAAUCGCGUCACGUUACUUUUGCAUGAAACGCAUCAAGCUAAUUUUAAAAGAAACUGGUGCUGUGCCGAAAGGCAUGGUAAGUACCCACAUGGAAGAUUACAAGGCUUUAUUGAAGCAGUCGCAGGCUGCCAAGAACACCACGCCAGAUGCAGCAGGUCUCGAGCCUGUGGACUUACCGCUUGGCCGUGGACGUGGGCCGCGCCAACGACACUGA